AUGUUUCGAUUUUUCAUCCGAAAAGAUGUCCGGAAGAUUCUCAAGCGCAAGGACAGUGAUGCCGGUGAACGAGGUAGAGCCUUGGAAGAGCUACGUGCUUCAAUGUUUAACAAACUACGUUCGGUCACUGGUCCUAAGCGCCAAAUGCAAUCUCUGUGGGGGCCCACUGUUGCUCUUACAUUUAACUUCUUGGUCUCAGUUACUAUUAUCUUGAUGAACAAACUGGUACUUGUCAAUGUAGGAUUUAAUUAUCCGAUUUUCCUAACUUUUAUUCACUACGUAUGUAGUUGGUUUAUAAUGGCACUUUUAAAAGCUCUGUCCAUUCUCUCCCUAUCUUCUCCACCCAAAUCGACAAAAUAUUCUUCGUUGUUCUCUCUGGGUAUAGUCAUGUCUCUCUCCACUGGCCUUGCGAAUGUCAGCUUAAAAUAUAACAGUGUUGGAUUUUAUCAGAUGGCCAAGAUUGCUGUGACCCCCGCCAUUGUUUUAUCCGAGUUCAUUCUCUUCAGGAAAAAGAUAUCUACACAAAAGGUGCUAGCCCUUACUGUCGUGUCAGUCGGUGUUGCUGUUGCAACCGUAACCGACCUUCAGUUCCAUUUUUUCGGCGCUUGCAUAGCCGUAGCAUGGAUUGUACCUAGUGCAGUAAAUAAAAUACUUUGGUCUAAUCUUCAACAACAAGACAACUGGACUGCCAUGGCGCUAAUGUGGAAAACAACACCCAUUACUUUAUUUUUUCUGGUGAUGUUAAUGCCAUCAUUAGACCCUCCCGGAGUACUGUCUUUCGACUGGAAUUUACAUAACAGUGCAAUUAUUGGUGGAUCUGCUAUUCUCGGAUUCUUGCUCCAGUGGUCUGGUGCUCUAGCUCUUGGGGCAACCUCUGCAACCACCCAUGUUGUUCUAGGACAGUUCAAAACGUGUGUCAUACUUCUCGGAGGCUUUUUCCUCUUCGGUUCGAAUCCAGGCUCGACGAGCAUUUUGGGAGCCGCUACAGCUCUAACCGGCAUGUCAUUCUACACGUACCUCAAUUUGCGGGGCCGCCAGCAACAACCGGCUAAAACACUUUCGAGACAACCGACUUUGCCUCUGACGAGAUCUAAGCUCGGCAAAGAAAGCGGGGACACAUACGCGAAGGUGGACGAGAGCUUGUCCAAUAAUAUGCAGGCUGAAGAUAGGCCCUGA